CUAGUGGUAGCUAGGCGCCCGGGGCGGGAAGGAAAUGCGCCGGCUGGAGUAUGCUACGUCCGCAGCUCCCUCCUCCUCGCUACCGGAACUGUGGCAGCAAUCCUAGCUAACUGCUCAGAUUUUGUUUCUUUUUCCUUUCCUCCGCUCUUCCCGGAAGGUGAAAGGUCCAAUCGUGGAUAGACUGACCUCCAGGACCCAAAAUCCACGGCCACAGGGGCGCCAUUGUUCUCCGGAUUCAUUUGUUAAAGCUCUUUUUGGGAGCCUUGGCUCUGAAGCGAGCUUCUCGGGGUUAGCGGGUGCCGCAACACAGCCUCUUAAUGCAGUGUGAAUCCAGUCCAAGGGAAGAGGAGAUCCCGUCCCUCUUUUGGGGUUUGGAUCCUGUGUUUCUAGCCUUUGCAAAACUCUACAUCAGGGAUAUCCUGGAGAUGAAGGAGUCCCACCAAAUAUCAGGUAUAUAUCUUUACAACGGGCACCCAAUAAGGCGAGUGGAUAUCAUGGGAACUGUCAUUAGCGUGAGAGAAAAGGAUGCUUUCUACAGCUAUGGAGUGGAUGAUGCCACUGGGGUUAUCAACUGCACCUGCUGGAAAAAGGGGAGCAAUACUGAGUCUUCGCCAGACCCCACUGCUCCAAGCACUGCAAGAGAGCUAAGCGUGACCUCACAGCUUAAGAAAUUGCAGGAGACCAUUGAGCAGAAAACCAAGAUAGAAAUUGGGGACGUUAUCCGCGUCAGAGGCUACGUGCACAUGUUCAGAGAAGAGCGAGAAAUCCGUGCCUCCAUGUAUUACAAGGUGGACGAUCCAGUGUGGAGCAUUCAAAUUGCAAGGAUGCUUGAGCUGCCCACGCUCUACGAGAGAGUAUAUGACCAGCCGUUCCGCAGCCCAGCCCUGAAGGACGAAGAGGCUCCGAGCAAUACAGACACUUUGGAUCUCGCCGGCCUCACCUCUUUGUUGAGUGAGAAAAUCAAAGAAUUCCUCCAGGAUAAGAAAGUGCAGACCUUCUACCAGCAGGAACUGGAAAUGGUGGAGUCUUUGCAGUCUCUGGCCAGCCAGCCUGUGCUUCACAGCGCCUGCUCAGACCAGGUGGAGGAAUCCAAGAACAGCACCACUUCCGACACAGUUCACAGUGUGUUUAAGAAUGCUAUACAGCUGCUGCGGGAAAAGGGACUCCUGUUCCAGAAAGAUGGUGGCGGUGAUAAGCUGUACUACGUGACCAACAAGGACAAAGACCUGCACCAAAAGAUCUACCAGAUCAUCAAGGAAGAGUGCCAGAAACCAACCCGGGAAAGUGCAUCAGCAUCUGAAAUUGGAACUGGUCCCAGUCUGGUGGCAGGUGCUGUGCUGGUCAUCCCAGAACACAGGAGGCUGAGGCUGACUGUGAGUUCAAGGCCACUCUAAGCCCUGUAGAGAGACUAAAAACAUGCACUAAAAACAACUAAGUGAACAGACAUUGAUAAAUUACCGGCUGAAAAGACUGAUCCACUGUUAGUUGCCACCAAUGAUGGAUGAGUCUGCCGCUCAGAGUUCACCGACACUGAUGACCCUGCGGUUUUCAUCCUUGUCCUCUGACAGGUACGAGCACUUGCUGGGUUUUUGUUGGCAUUUGUUUCUUGAAUAUGAGCAGAAUUGAGCAUCUAGAUGCUCAUCAUGGAUACCUUAGACAAGAUUCUGUUCUGGACUGCGGCCAUUUCUUCCGACAGGAGCUGAGAA